ACCGGCACUAUUCUGCUGACCAGCGUGUUGAUACCUAUUGGAUCGCAUAAUGGCUCGUACGAAACAAACUGCCCGUAAAUCUACCGGAGGCAAGGCUCCGCGAAAACAGCUGGCGACCAAGGCGGCGCGCAAGAGUGCGCCUGCCACAGGUGGCGUGAAGAAGCCUCAUCGUUACAGGCCCGGUACCGUGGCUCUUCGUGAGAUUCGUCGCUACCAGAAGAGCACUGAACUGCUGAUUCGUAAAUUGCCGUUCCAGCGUCUCGUUCGUGAGAUUGCGCAGGACUUUAAGACCGAUCUUCGUUUCCAAAGCUCUGCUGUUAUGGCGUUGCAGGAGGCUAGCGAGGCGUAUCUCGUCGGUCUCUUCGAAGACACUAACCUGUGCGCCAUUCACGCCAAACGAGUCACCAUCAUGCCUAAAGAUAUCCAACUGGCACGUCGUAUUCGUGGAGAGCGUGCUUAAAAAUUUUAACACCGGCCCUUUUCAGGGCCACCAAUCGAUUAUUCGAAGGAUCAUAUCUCAGUUUCGCUUGAAUAUUUUUUUUAUUUCAUGAAUAUUUCUGCAGUAUUUCAUUAUUAGUUUAAAUUUUUAAAUGACAGAACCCCUUGCAUUUUUUUAUGAAAUAUUUAAUCGCUACAAAAUUUAACAAUUUUUUAAAAAAAUAUUCAA